CCCGCUUUCCUCCUGGCGCCCCUAGAAAGUUGGAGGAGCGCAGCUCCGCUCCGUGCUGCUCCGGCCGGGGCCGGGCAGAGCUGGGACGGCUUCCUCCGGGCUCCGCGGGAUCCUGCCAUGGGGACGUAGUGGGCCGCGGAGCCAUGCGCGGCCCUGCGCUGCCCUGCAGCUCGCUGCGGACGGUUAUCCUAACAUUUGUCUGCAUGUUGACGAAGGAAUCUGUAGAAAUUUCUCCAGUACCAUCUGAUGGACUGCAAGUCCAUCAGAUACCUUUGGAUGGAAGAAAUCCCUCUAGCUCCUUGAGUGAAAAAAGGCAGAUACAGUGUCAACUGGGACAAUAUCUACAUCCCAGAGAGACCCACUGCUGCAUGAGGUGCCAUGCAGGUACCUACAAGGCAAAAGACUGUGAUCGGCCUGACCAGGCACCCGUCUGUCUUCCGUGUGCUAAUGGCACAUUCACAGCUGUGGAUAACACUAUGUCUAAAUGCUUCCAGUGCACACGUUGCCGUAGAGAAUUCCAGCAGAUAGUAGAGACUCCCUGCACCCCAAAGCAAGAUACCGUAUGUGGCUGUCGGAAGAACCAGUACCAGAUUGGCCUGGCCGAUCUCUUCCAGUGUAGGAACUGCAGCUCAUGUGUCAAUGGGACUAUUACUGACUGUACAAAGAACAAAGACGCAGUUUGCAGGUGCAAGCCUGGAUUCUUCCUGACACUUAAUAAUGUUUGCAAGCCUUGCAACAGCUGCAUUGAUGAAGAAUGCUUGCUGUGUCAUAGCCCGGUGACUGCUUCACCGACUUCAACUGGGCUCAAUGGGAGCCUUGUCCUUGGCAUCAUCGUUGCAAUAUUUGGAGUUAUUUUCAUCCUCUACAUUGUAAAAAAAGUAGUGAAGCUCAUCCAGAAAAAGAGGAUAACAUCAUCUUCCUACUCCUGUGUCACUUUGCCGGAGACAACCAAGGAGCCAGUGUCUGAGGUUGAGGUAAAAAGAGGUGAAAUUUCCAUCCUUCUUCCUGAGUCCCGGAAAGAAACAGAAUUGUUGGUGAAUGCAACACCAUCACCUGCACCUCUGCCGCAAAGCUCACAUGAGUUCCCAGACUGUGUGAGACCUGCCAGGAAGAGGCAGCUUCCAGACAGCCCUUCUAUUCUCUACACUGUGGUGGAUCAUGUACCGCCAUCUCGGUGGAAAGAAUUUGUGAGGCGUCUGGGCCUGAGCGACCAUGAUCUAGAGCGAACUGAGAUGGAGCACCGGUGUUUCAGAGAUGCCCAGUAUGAAAUGCUUAGACAGUGGAAACUGCAGAUGAGCCAUGCAGCAACUGUGGAGCACAUCAGCUGUGUUCUCAACCAGAUGGAGCUGAGUGGCUGCAGUGAAGCCAUUCAGGAGGCUUUGCUAAACCAGAGUUCUCAACCUUGCAGCUUCCACAUCCAUCAUUAGUCUAUUUCUGCUUCAGCUGCCCUGGCUGAGGCUGUUAAAAGAUGAUCAUAAGUCCCUCCCUUUCUUGUCUUCCUUUUCUCAUACCUCCCUGUCUUUCUAACACUCAUCUGGAUUUGUUGGGAACAGCAGCACAUUAUGCUGGAGGAAGGCUGAGGUUUGCUUCUCAGCCACCAUAUAUUCAAUGCCUUUAAGCCAAGGCAGAUCAGAGUGACUUAGAUCAGAUGUUUUAUGGACUAGCUGUUUCUGAAAUAGGUGCUCCAUGCAGCAUAUGUGGUAAGUGAACUUGUAGGGUGUCUUGGUUAAGCUGGCUGUUCAUAUGGUAAAGUACUUACUCACUUUUUGCAGAUCUGUGUUUCUGCAAGAUCAGACAGUUGAACUGGCUCACAUUGCAGCCCUUGGAUUGCUAAAUCUGACUCUCAGGAAGUGGAGAGAGGUUGUGCUUUUCUGAGAAUAGGAGAGGACUGCCCCCUUUCGGCAUCAACGGGUUAUCCCUGUGGCAAAAGAGGCGUGGAGAUUCAGAAGCGGUGGCUGUGAGAAACGGGAGUAUGUUACCCUUUGCACACCCCCAUUUUCCUCAGGUUCAAGUGGAGCAAGGAUUCUGAGGCAGUGAGUCAGAUGAGAAGGUUGGUGCUUUUUUGUCAAGUUUUUAUUUUCCUAUACCUGGAAACCAUGUAUGAUAGCAUUAACAAAACACCAGCUUGUGUGUUUGUUCAAGUGCAGAAGAGGAAGGAAUGUGUUCAUCUCUCUGGGUGAGAAGGUACCUAUGUACCUGGUAGCAUGAGCACCUCUGCACAUCUGUGCUUGCACACAGGUUGGUAGGCUUGUGUCUACCUGCUGAUCUCUCUCUGAAUGAUUUGCUGGAUCUGAUCUAACUGCAAAUGGGACUGUGUAUGUGUACAUAUAUAUAUGUAUGUGUUUUUAGCAGCUGUUAAAUAAUUUCACACUACUUCCUGGGCUGUACUCUGUGAUUACUGCCUGGGUGCAAGAGCCGUUUGGUACCCUCUCCCUGCUCACACCAUCAUUUUCUCAAGGGUAUUACGCUGGGUAAAGUGUAAACAGCAAAAAUCAAUUAGCCUACAUCAGGUGCAGGCUGAUUUGUAAUGUGGACUGGUUUUAGUCUCUCAUCCCUUGGCUGGAGAGACACUUUCUACUGUAAAUACAGUAAAUGCUCUGAAUUAAAAUGCAUAUUUUUA